CUUCCCCCCUCCGCUCUUUGUUCCGCCGCCGGCCCCCCCCGGCCAUGUACCCGCAGGGUCGGCACCCGGCCCCCCACCAGCCGGGCCAACCGGGCUUCAAAUUCACCGUGGCCGAAUCGUGCGAUCGGAUCAAGGACGAGUUUCAGUUCCUGCAGGCGCAGUACCACAGCCUGAAAGUGGAGUACGACAAGCUGGCCAACGAGAAGACCGAGAUGCAGCGCCAUUACGUGAUGUACUACGAAAUGUCCUACGGGCUGAACAUCGAGAUGCACAAACAGACAGAAAUUGCUAAAAGGCUGAAUACCAUUUUAGCACAGAUUAUGCCUUUUCUGUCACAAGAGCACCAACAGCAAGUUGCACAGGCUGUUGAACGUGCCAAGCAAGUGACAAUGACGGAGUUGAAUGCUAUCAUCGGGGUACGUGGACUUCCCAAUCUGCCUCUCACCCAGCAGCAGCUCCAGGCGCAGCACCUCUCCCACGCCGCCCAUGGCCCCCCAGUCCAGCUGCCACCGCAUCCCUCUGGCCUGCAGCCCCCUGGCAUCCCACCCGUCACCGGCAGCAGUUCGGGGCUGCUGGCGCUCGGCGCGUUGGGCAGCCAGGCACACCUGGCCGUCAAGGAUGAGAAGAACCACCACGACCUGGACCACAGAGAGCGGGACUCGAGCGCGAAUAACUCAGUUUCACCCUCGGAAAGUCUGAGAGCCAGCGAGAAGCACCGGAGCUCCACAGACUACAGCAUCGACUCCAAAAAGAGGAAAGCAGAGGAGAAGGACAGCAUGAGCCGAUAUGACAGCGAUGGUGACAAAAGCGAUGACCUCGUCGUUGAUGUCUCCAAUGAGGACCCUGCCACCCCCCGGGUCAGCCCGGCCCAUUCCCCGCCUGAGAACGGCCUGGACAAAGCUCGUGGGCUGAAGAAGGGGGAUGCACCCAACAGCCCGGCCUCGGUCGCCUCCUCCAGCAGCACUCCUUCCUCCAAGACUAAAGACUUGGGCCACGUAUGUGCCAUGCUGUGCCCUGCCUCAAGGCUCUCCAGAAACCCCCUGGCAGCUGAACUUCAUCCUUUAUGUUUUAUUCUUUUUGGAUUUUUUUUUUUCUGCAUCCAGAAUGACAAAUCGUCAACGCCUGGACUCAAGUCCAACACUCCCACACCGAGGAAUGAUGCCCCAACCCCAGGGACAAGCAGCACCCCAGGGCUGAGGCCGAUGCCCGGCAAGCCGAGUGGCAUGGACCCUCUGGCCUCAGCCCUGCGGACACCCAUCUCCAUCGCGGGUUCCUACGCAGCCCCGUUUGCCAUGAUGGGGCACCACGAGAUGAACGGCUCUCUGACCAGCCCUGGUGCCUAUGCUGGCCUGCACAACAUCCCCCCGCAGAUGAGUGCUGCAGCCGCCGCCGCCGCUGCCUAUGGCCGGUCGCCAAUGGUUGGCUUUGACCCACACCCGCCCAUGCGGGCCCCUGGCCUGCCCACCAGCCUGGCAUCCAUCCCCGGAGGGAAGCCAGCUUACUCGUUUCACGUCAGCGCUGACGGGCAGAUGCAGCCAGUCCCCUUUCCCCACGACGCCCUGGCUGGCCCCGGCAUCCCCCGGCACGCACGGCAGAUCAACACGCUGAGCCAUGGCGAGGUGGUUUGUGCCGUCACCAUCAGCAACCCCACCCGGCACGUGUACACAGGUGGCAAGGGCUGUGUGAAGAUCUGGGACAUCAGCCAGCCGGGCAGCAAGAGCCCCAUCUCUCAGCUGGACUGCCUGAACAGGGAUAACUACAUCCGCUCCUGCAAGCUGCUUCCCGACGGCCGCACGCUGAUCGUUGGGGGGGAGGCCAGCACGCUCACCAUUUGGGACCUGGCCUCCCCCACACCCCGCAUCAAGGCUGAGCUCACCUCCUCGGCGCCCGCCUGCUACGCAUUGGCCAUCAGCCCCGACGCCAAAGUCUGCUUCUCCUGCUGCAGCGACGGCAACAUCGCCGUGUGGGACCUGCACAACCAGACCCUGGUCAGGCAAUUCCAAGGCCACACAGACGGUGCCAGCUGCAUAGACAUCUCACACGAUGGUACGAAGCUGUGGACAGGGGGACUGGACAACACCGUGCGCUCCUGGGACCUGCGGGAAGGGCGGCAGCUGCAGCAGCACGACUUCACCUCCCAGAUCUUUUCGCUGGGGUACUGCCCCACGGGCGAGUGGCUGGCAGUGGGCAUGGAGAGCAGCAACGUGGAAGUGCUGCACCACACCAAGCCUGACAAGUACCAGCUGCACCUGCACGAGAGCUGCGUCCUCUCCCUCAAGUUCGCCUACUGCGGCAAAUGGUUUGUGAGCACGGGGAAGGACAACCUGCUCAACGCAUGGAGGACGCCCUAUGGGGCAAGCAUCUUCCAGUCCAAGGAAUCCUCGUCGGUCUUAAGCUGCGACAUUUCAGCAGAUGACAAAUACAUCGUCACGGGCUCUGGGGACAAGAAGGCCACAGUCUACGAGGUCAUCUACUAAGGGGACGCAGUGGCGGUGCCGCAGGCUCGGCGCUGGAGCAGCGCUCGGGGCAGCACUGGGAUGGGAUCGCUGGCUGGAGCUGCACCUCUGUGCCCGCCCGGCACCCACACGGAUUUAUUUGGAGGUCUGCAAACAUGGCACACACAUCGAAGCCCUGAACGAAUUUUUGGUUUGGUUUUAGGGUUUUGGGCUAUUUUUAUUUUUUUUUUCCAUUUUUUUGAUCUUUUUUUUUUUUUUUUGGUUUCCUGGUUCUUUCCAUCUGUGCUUUGGUGGCACUAUAAAGGACUUAUUUUUUAACGUGACAUUUUUUUUUUCUUUUGGUGCAUCCCGCAUUAAGACUUGUGAAAAUUGUAAAUACCGGACUAGUACAUAGCAUGGGAAGGGUGGGGGACCCUCCCGGUACACUAGGUGUGUAUUUUCGUCUGCUGUAAUUGUAUUCCACUGAUGGUUUUGGUGGUGGCAAUUUUUAUUAUUAUUAUUUUUUUUUUUUUCCUCCCCUUCCCUUCCUCCUCCUCCUCCCCAUUGCAUCCAUUUGGGAUGCGACCCGGACGUGCAGCGCGUAACCGGACUGAGCAAAGUGUCCUCUGGUGAAGUCGUUCCUCCUGUGGUCCCCGUGCGUUGUUCGGUGUUGUGUGUGCGGACGCUGUCGGGGCUGUGCUCAGCUCGGCCGGAUCCCUGGCUGCUGCCGGACGUCGGCGACACAAUCACGUUUUUUAUAUGGAUUUUUCUUUUAUUUUUUUUUUCCUUUUU